AUGCAUGAUGUGAUCAGGAAGGUGAAGAAGAAGGGCGAGUGGAAGGUGCUGGUGGUGGAUCAGCUCAGCAUGCGCAUGCUCUCUUCCUGCUGCAAGAUGACCGACAUCAUGACUGAGGGGAUAACAAUUGUGGAGGACAUCAAUAAGCGCCGAGAGCCCCUCCCCAGCCUGGAGGCCGUGUAUCUCAUCACCCCAUCUGAUAAGUCUGUCCGUUCACUCAUCAAUGACUUCAAGGAACCCCCUACCUCCAAGUACCGGGCUGCCCACGUCUUCUUCACUGACUCUUGCCCUGAUGCCCUGUUCAAUGAACUGGUAAAAUCUCGCGCAGCAAAAGUAAUCAAGACCCUGACGGAAAUCAACAUUGCCUUCCUCCCCUACGAGUCUCAGGUUUACUCCUUGGAUUCUGCUGACUCUUUCCAAAGCUUCUACAGCCCCCACAAGGCCCAAAUGAAAAACCCCAUCCUGGAACGCCUGGCAGAACAGAUUGCCACCUUGUGUGCCACUCUGAAGGAAUAUCCGGCCGUCCGAUACAGAGGAGAUUACAAAGACAAUGCCAUGCUGGCCCAGCUUAUCCAGGACAAAUUGGAUGCCUAUAAGGCUGAUGAUCCAACCAUGGGUGAGGGCCCGGACAAAGCUCGCUCCCAGCUCCUCAUUCUGGACCGUGGCUUCGACCCAGCCUCCCCAGUGCUGCAUGAACUGACUUUCCAAGCCAUGAGCUAUGACCUGCUGCCUGUUGAGAAUGAUGUCUACAAGUACGAGACAAGUGGCAUUGGAGAGGCCCGGGUGAAAGAGGUUCUUCUGGAUGAGGAUGAUGACCUCUGGGUUGCCUUACGCCACAAGCAUAUUGCAGAAGUGUCCCAGGAGGUCACCCGCUCUCUGAAGGAAUUUUCUUCCAGCAAGAGGAUGAACACUGGCGAGAAGACCACUAUGAGGGACCUGUCUCAGAUGCUGAAGAAGAUGCCCCAGUAUCAGAAAGAACUCAGCAAGUACUCCACCCACCUGCACCUGGCUGAGGACUGCAUGAAGCACUACCAAGGCACCGUGGACAAGCUCUGCAGAGUAGAACAGGACCUGGCUAUGGGCACCGAUGCUGAAGGGGAGAAGAUCAAGGACCCUAUGAGGGCCAUUGUGCCAAUCCUGCUGGAUGCGAAUGUCAGUACUUAUGACAAAAUCCGCAUCAUUCUGCUCUACAUCUUCCUGAAGAAUGGCAUCACUGAAGAAAACCUGAACAAACUGAUCCAGCAUGCUCAGAUCCCACCAGAGGACAGCGAGAUCAUCACCAACAUGGCCCAUCUUGGAGUGCCCAUCAUCACAGAUUCCACCUUGCGUCGCAGGAGCAAGCCAGAGCGGAAGGAGCGCAUCAGCGAGCAGACCUAUCAGCUCUCAAGAUGGACCCCUGUUAUUAAAGACAUAAUGGAGGAUGCUGUUGAGGACAAACUGGACACAAAGCACUAUCCCUAUAUCUCUACCCGCUCCUCAGCCUCUUUCAGUACCACUGCUGUCAGUGCCCGCUAUGGACACUGGCACAAGAACAAGGCCCCUGGUGAGUACAGAAGUGGCCCCCGCCUCAUCAUCUUCAUCCUUGGGGGCACGAGCCUGAAUGAGAUGCGCUGCGCCUAUGAGGUGACGCAAGCCAGCGGAAAGUGGGAGGUGCUAAUAGGUUCUACUCACAUUCUUACUCCCACCAAAUUUCUCAUGGACCUGAGGCACCCCGACUUCAGGGACUCCACUAGGGUAUCUUUUGAGGAUCAGGCUCCAGCAAUGGAGUGAGAGCCAAAGAAACAAAG